AUGCUUCCUUCAGAAUCCUUUAUGUCCUCAUACCUUGACUCGACAAACCGGUCUCGUACUGCAAGCUCCACAGAGAAAUGCCAAGAUGCGAUAGACAUCCUUGAGCAGUACGGAAUCUCUAGACCCUCGGGAUGGUUCUCGGAUGGCGACGCAGGCACGCCAGAUCAAAUCAAACAAACGAAAUCGAUGUUCUCGCAGAUCUGUCACUCGUGCGGCAACCCUCUCGCUUUCGAACGGUAUUGCUCGCACUGCGGCCACGAUUCUUGUAUGAAGUGUACGGGAGAGACCCCUGGACAACCCCUUGGCCACAGGGUUCUCAACAGUUCUAUACAGUAUCAAGAACACUCCUUCAUAGACAAGAUACCCGAGCUACCAACGCAAAGUGAAUACCCAGAAAGCGAACGCACUCGUACCACGCGGACUACAGUCGAUACUGCUCAUCGUCGUAAGCUCUCAAGGUUCGCAUCAGAACCAGAUACACCAAAGACAUCCUCAAGAACUAAGGCGCAAUCUCGCCAAAGACCGAAACCUGAUCACAUCACCUUGAAGCCCACUCGGAAGAAGACGAUUGCGGCACCAACAGAAAUCUCUAGCUCCGUGAAGAACAACCCCUUUUUUGUGGCAGACAGGGGAAUGAAGAAAGAAGCCCCAGAACCUGAAAUCACGACAAGAUCGGUGCAAGUGGAACGUAAACCUAGGCCCUCAGACUGUGUACCUAAUCGUCUCAAGUCCAGCUCGCCCCGCGUUUCUCACAUAGAGGAACAAUGCUCCGACCCUGGUUGUAGAGCUACACACGAUGGUCACCAUCCAACACGGCAUAGCAUUGGUUGCGCGACCCGGCGUAGUCUUGGAGCACAAGUGGUUGAAAGCAAUGAUUUGGAUAUCAUCGAUACAAAUGAACAUGACCCUAGAGAGAAGAAGCACACGCAGUCACUGAAGGAUUCAUCAUCCCGAAGCAAGUUACAGAUGAAAAUUGACCAACUCUAUCAUCAUGGACAAGAUCUCCAUCACUCACAGCAUAUCAUGGAGCAUUUAUCAGCUGGUGUGCAGACUCUCGAGUCUUCUACCGAUGAGAAACUCACGAACGGGCAAGACGGGCGCAUGCGGGCAGAUGGCUACAGGUUGAGGGUACAGAGCCAACCUGGCAUUGAUCACUUUUUGAGUCGAGACGAGACUGUCACAGUGGCAAAAGACACCAUUGAACACAAUCUGAACAAAGAACCGGCAGUGCCUGACGAGAUUGAGCCACAGCCACCUAAUCUUACCGAUUAUCACAAGGGGGAUCGGCAUCCGAGCCCAAAGUCUCAUGAACCCCAUGAUGAUACCCAACCUAAGGAUGCCCAUUGGAUAAAGCAUCCUAUCAACAAUAACAAGACCCAUGACGCGCCGAGAGACUACACGGGAACACUGAACUCACAAACAGCUAGUGAAAAGCCCGUCUCUCAGUCCAAAGGACCGAAGAAAGGCGUCGACACCUCAACAGAGGCAAAUGAAAGGAUCGCGCCACAAGCUCAAAACAAGUCCUUGUCAGAGAAAGGUCAUAAUGCUGAUCUAAACUCCAAGAAAAGGGUUGGCAAAGUCGAUGAACCCGUUCUUGAGAGUAAAAUAAUGCUCAAAUCAGCUCCACGUAUCAAUAAUGACACUGGAAGACCGAAAGCCGAGGCUACCGAACAGCCACGAAGUCAGCAACUAACCCCUUCCCAUGUCGAGAACUGGAGGCGUGAACUCAGCAGUGUAAAUAGUCGUACGCCACUACCUGAAAAAGACUGGAAGGAUAGUUGCUUCAACUGCAAUCCUACUCAGUCAUCGUCACCUAAGCAAACAGAGGGUGGGUUUCAGAUCUUUGUGGAAGAUGAGUCACAUAACAAGACUGAGAAUGAAUUGAGUGCUGCCUUUGAGUCACCCAUGCCUCGACUCAAGGUAAAAGACAUUGAGCAUUCGCUGGCUCGCAAGAGCGUCGAGCAAUUGUUGGCCAAGAGUCCACAGUCACAAGAGAUAGCAGCAGAAGAGCCAAAGAGUACGAGACCCCCGAGCAUAACAGAGGAUCAAUCUCGCAACGACUCUGAAAUGUCAACAUUGAUCUAUGACCCUAGGCCUAGCCAAGUUGAGGAACUUGGGCUCGAAUCAGGUCGCCCGUCGCCAGCGAAACAGGCCCAGGGCGUGUGCUCCCACCCCAAUGGCGAUGUUGACAUUGAGGGCCUCACAGUAGUGAUGCAUCUCAGAGGCAAGGAUGACUUGGUGAUCAAUACAGACUUGAAAGAUGGCCUACAGGAACAUAUGAGGCCGCGAUAG